AGGGAGAACAAAAGACACAGAGAAGUAUAAAUCCCCAGCAGGGAUCCUCUGCUCACUGACAGGGACUGGACAGCUCCUCCACAGACAGACAGAGAAAGAGAGAGAGGCUGGAACAGUGUGAAAGAGAAACAAAAGACAGAUACAGCAAAAUAGAAGAAAGAAAAACAACAAAGAGCUAUAGAAUAUUACAGUAACUGUAGCCUGAAUAUGAAUCUCCACAGCAUCCUGCUUGCUCUAUACCUACUGGAGGCACACGCAGCCCCACUGCAUCAACCAUCCGCACAAAACAGAAACCAGUUUCAUGUUUUGAAGAGGCAUUCCCCUUUACAGUCACGCUCAUGGGUCCGUAACCCUCAUACAAAGGGCUUACUUCAGGAUUUAUGGAACCCCCCUCGAUGUGGUGUGCCAGAUAUUCCAGCACCAAAAGACUCUCUAAAUGGACGUAACCGUAAUAAAAGAUUUGUAUUGUCUGGAGGGCGCUGGGACAAAACAAAUUUAACAUACAGGAUUAUCCGGUUUCCAUGGCAACUCAAUAAGGCAAAGGUGCAACAAACUCUUGCUGAAGCUUUCAGGGUAUGGAGUGAAGUGACCCCCUUGGUUUUCACAGAGGUCUAUGAGGGGCGAGCUGACAUUACCAUUGACUUCACACGGUACUGGCAUGGAGACAAUCUUCCAUUUGAUGGACCUGGUGGAAUUUUGGCACAUGCCUUCUUUCCUAAAACUCACAGAGAAGGGGAUGUACAUUUUGACUAUGAUGAAGCUUGGACCAUUGGGAAUAAUUUGGGCACAGACCUUCUGCAGGUAGCUGCCCAUGAGUUUGGGCAUGUCCUGGGGUUGCAACACUCUUCUGUUUCUAAGUCAUUGAUGUCUCCGUUCUACACAUUCCGCUACCCACUAAGCCUAAGUGCAGAUGACAGGCAUGGCAUCCAGUUUCUGUAUGGGACCCCUCCUCUGCCCACCCCCUCACCCAGCCCAGAGGUUGAGCCAAACCAAACAGAGAGUGAGAGCAACGAAAUCCCAAACUUAGAGCCAGAUGCUUGUUACACAGAUUUUGAUGCCGUUUCCACCAUUCGUGGUGAACUGUUUUUCUUCAAGUCUGGUUAUGUUUGGCGCCUGCGCAAUGGGAUUCUGCAGAAUGGUUAUCCAGCACUAGCAUCGCGUCACUGGAGAGGAAUCCCAGAAUCUGUGGACGCUGCAUUUGAAGAUUCUGUGGGCAACAUCUGGUUUUUCUACGGUCCUCGGUACUGGGUCUUUGAUGGAAAGUUGGAAGCCUCAGGACCCCUACCCAUCUCUGACCUGGGACUAUCUGUGGCACAUGUCCAAGCUGCCUUCAUGUGGGGCAAAGAUAAGAACAAGAAAACCUACUUGUUUAGAGGAGCAGAGUACUGGCGCUUUAACCCACAUACCCGUCGCCUAGAGAGUGGACACGCACGUAGCAUGGCGAACUGGAGAGGAGUACCCACAAGUAUUGAUGCAGCAUUUCAGGAUGAACAAGGUUUUGCUUAUUUCGUAAGGGGACGGCACUACUGGAAGUUUGACCCAAUCCAGUUGCGAGUGUUGGAUGGAUACCCCCGCCUGAUCAGCCAAGAUUUUUUCAAUUGUGGAACCACUCUCACAUCUUCCAACACACUGCGAUGAGAAUGUGUACCUUCUCUAGAAAUUAUUUGUUUACCAACAGGUCAUUACAGGAAUUCAGUCAGCAUUUUUUUCCAAGUGCCAUGGAAGUACUCUUGACAAAAUCCUUGCACAGUUGAUCCUGGACUUAGACUGCACUGUAUAUUCUAUGUAAGAAUCUUUCUCUCCACUACACCUGUACCCUGGCCUUUCAGAAUUUUCAGUAGCCUUAUGACCAGCUGCUAAAAUACAUAAAUACCUAGAGUGUUUUGUAAAUGACUGUAUGACUACAGCACUCCACAUCACUGUCAACAGAUUUAAAGAAAACUUUUUUUUUUUUUUGGCAUGAAUCAUUCAUCAGAUGUAACAUUGGACAGAGUUGUAAAAUGAACAAUAGAUUCUCUGUAUCUAGGAUUGUGUAUAAUUAGCUGCCUGAGUAACAGCAAUGUAUGAAAACACAAUUGUUGUCUCAUUGGUCAAGAAGUGAGUUAACCAUUUUACUGACUGUAGUUGUUGCAAUUGACGCCACUGAAAAAAGUGUUUAUUUUUGUAUUUUCAUAUGUCUUUGUUUAUACGCUACCAAUACCUCUAUCAGUGCUGGACACUGAUCUUAAGUCAUUGGUAUGAUUAAUAUUGUUGGAGCUGUCCAGGAGACCAAUUAGCCUUCAGUCAAAUGUAAGACGUGUUACAUAACAUCAACAUAACUUUGCGAAAAAAGAGUGGGUUUAGAAUUGUGAAUCCUGUGCAUGGAAUUCUAAAACUCAAAGAAGCUCUGACAACUGAACUAUGCAAAGAGAUAAAUGCAACAGAAAACCUGUGUUAUUUCAAGUACAAUACUGAAUAGCAGAACAUAACACGUAAGAAAGUUAUUUGAUAAAAGGUAAAACUACUUAAGUAUUGUGUUGUUCAUUCUCCAACCUUUUAAAGACACUGAGUGGACAUUGUUGCAAUAUGGGAAAUACACGUGAAAAGACACAAGAGCCUUGGGUAAAACGUCCCUCUUCAUCGUGCUUAAAAUGCUUAAAGGGACAUGAAACCCCAAAAAAAUCUUUCAUGAUUCAGAUAGAGAAUACAAUUUUAAACAACUUUCCAAUUUACUUCUAUUAUUUAAUUUGCUUUCUUCUCCUGUUAUCUUUUGCUGAAAGGUUUAUCUAGGCAAGCUCAUGAGCAGCAGAGAACCUAGGUGUUGAUUGGUGGUUGCAUAUAUUUAUAUCGAUUGUGAUUGGCUCACCCAUGAGUUCAGUUAGAAACCAUUAGUGCGUUGCUGUUCUUUCAACAAAUGAUAGCAAGAGAAUGAAACAAAUUAAAUAGAAGUAAAAUAGAAAGUUGUUUA